AUGGCUGCGAGCGCUCUUCCUACAAAGCUGCCACCUCAGCCCAGCUCGUCGCAGCCGUCUCCACCACCUUUCGGCUGCUCUUCGCCUCCACACGCGGGUUUCUUUGAGGACCGGAUGAAUCGUCGCGACACUCGGGCGGGUCAGGCCGAAGUGGACACACAUUCAGGAUGGCCUGCGAGCGACCAAGCAACAUCCGAGGAGGACCGGGCAGUCGAGCGGGUCGAGCGAGCGUCGUCAGAUAGGCGGACCGGAGAUGAAGCAAGGGUCGUGGAUCUGGGUAUCGGGUGCAGCACAGGGCACGGCCAUGGACGACAGAACCACUCAAGCGAACCGCUCCCGUCGCUUCUCUCGCACAUCCCCGCCGACUCGUCCUUCGCCGCUCCUUUCUUACCGUCGACUUCUGCUUCCCUUCCUAUCUACCUCGAUCGUACCAUGUCCCGCUCCAUCCGCUACCAACUCGCUCCCUGCUCCUGCGGAACGAAACGUGCCUCCUCCGCCGCCGUUCCGCAUCCUCACGUCCCCGAUCCAACGAACACGAAGAAGCGCAAAGUGUGCCACUCGCACUUCCGUUCCGAAGCGCUUUUCGCCGGUCCACCAUCUCCGACAAAACGAACUCGCGCUCGCUCGACGUCGGCCUCGACUUGGUGGCCCUCUGUCUCGCUCUCGCAUGGAGAAGGACGCGAGAGCCGUUUUGCGCCGAGCGAGGAAGUGUGGACUGGUAGUGGCGCAGGAUGGACGAACCAGCUCGCGCAGCGUUUCUCGUCGCUCAAGCUCAGGUCGGGCUCGUCCUCAUCGAAGCGGGCGCGGCAGGACCGCAGUCGCAGUCGGAGCAGGAGUCGCGGUCGUGGUAGGGAGCCGACAACGACAGUGCGAGACCGGCCGAGGGACGUUCGACCGAGAAUGCCAGGACGAGCCGCUUCCUCCCCGUCGGUCUUUGGCGUCUCGGGACUCAAGACCCCUUACACUGGGCCUCCUACGCCGUCGACAACGCCUGAUCUCGAAGGACCGGCGCUGAAGAAGAUCUUGCUCGCGAACUUGAGGACGAGGAUGGAAAAUGGAGGGUCGGGAAGCAAGGCUGCCGAAGUUGGCUUGCGGUUCAAGAAGUGGGAACCGCUCGACGAAGCGGACAACCCAGCGACAGAGCCGAUACCCAAAGCUCACGAUGCAGACGACCCAGCACUGCUCAACAAUGACGACCACGAAGCGGACAACUUCGACCCGGUCGACGUUGACCUCGCGCUGCCAGACCCGCCCGCAGAACUCGUCCAGGAGGAGCCGACAGAUCUCCUCCUCGCUUCGGACGAGGCCAGCGUCGUCUUCGACUCAUCUCACAACGACGUCGAAGCGCAAGAACCGACUAUUUCACCUCCGCUGGGACGACCUAGCCUUCGGCGCACAACUUCGCUUCCAAACAUCCCCCUCGGCGAGCAAUCCGAUGCGAACGACUCGCGCUCGUCGUCGGCCAACAAAUACACGUACCGACAAGAGAAGGACCAGCGGAGAAGGAGCAUGUGGGAGGCGAGCGGAUGGACUUUCGUGUCGUGUGAAGGUUGA